AUGGGCACACGGAGACCUAUGACUCGCACGCCCUCUGGAAAUGGGAGGUACUAUGACUCCCAUGGAAGUAGUAAUGGUAGCACAAGUGACAGUGAAGACAGUAAUGGCUCAGUGUAUAAUCCAAGAGCAGACAGUAGAAGCUAUCUGCUGAAUGUGAGACCUGAGAACAGCCGAUCCAGUGUCAGUCGCUACGCUCAUUAUACGUCUGGCAGGACCACAUUUUGCAAUAUUAUAUCUCAGCUGACCGAAGAGACACAGCCAUGUUUUGAGACAACGUUGAAAGCCAGGGCUGUGUCAGAGGGCAGUGAUGCUAAAUUCAUCUGCAUGGUGUCAGGAUACCCGGAGCCAGAGGUUACGUGGUACAAAGAUGAUGAAGAACUGGACAGAUAUUGUGGUUUGCCAAAAUAUGAAAUAUUCCGUAAUGGAAAACGGCAUACAUUACAAAUUUACAAGUGCAGUGAAGAAGAUGCAGCAAUUUAUCAAGCAUCCGCCAGGAAUAACAAGGGCAUAGUUUCCUGUUCAGGAGUGCUAGAAGUUGGAACAAUGAGUGAAUACAAAAUCCACCAAAGAUGGUUUGCAAAACUCAAGAGAAAAGCUGAAGCCAAAAUGCGUGAGAUUGAGCAAAGUAGGAGGAGAGUCAAGGAGAACUUUGAGGAAGGUGAAAGACUAAGAGCUUUGAGUCCUGAAAGGAUUCAGAGAAAGCGGAGGUUCUCAUCUGAAAAGAAAGAAGAUGCCUUAGCUUCAUCAGAAGAUAAAGAGGAAUUAAUCAAGGUCCAUAUUCCUGAUCCAAACUCAAGGCUUCAAGGGGAAAUUCCAAAGACAGUGGAGCAGCCUCAAAAUGUAGUCAAUGGCUUUGCUGAAAUGGACACUAAACCAAAGGAAGAGGUAACCACCAAUGGCUAUUCUCUACCUGAAAAUAUUGAAGAAAAUGGGAAAGAAUUUCUUGCUUAUGUCUACGAAACAGUAGAAGUUAUAACAAAAAAGCAAGCCUCAAAAGAGUCCUAUGCAAGAAAGAAGAAAAAAGAAGACGAACCUUUACAAAUACCAGAUUCCAAGAAAGAGGAAGCAGUACAAGGAAGCCCAAAUCAAGUGGAAGGCAUAAGUUCUGCUACAAGAAGGUCUCGAUUUGGUAGAGAUACUCCUAAAUCUCCAGUGCAAGAAAAAAUGGAGGUGGAAAUAUCUCCUGUGACAACAAACAAAAGGUUUGCAGCUUCCACUGCCCCUAAUAAAACUGGAAAAUCUGUAGUAGCAAAAGAUACCAUGAAACUAAAAGAUGGUCUUGUGUGCCAUAGCAGAGCAGAUGAAUCUUCCAUUCCAAAACCAGUUAAUUUGCAAACUGAGGGGGAUAUCAUGUUUUCCCUAAAAGAUAUGUAUUUUGAUGAUUUAACACAACAUACAAAUGAAGAAAAGAGUCCAACGACAUUCUUAAAAGACCAGAAAACAAAGGGAGAUAUGCAAACUCCUAGUGUAACUCAUGCAAAACCAUCAAUUGAAGGACAGAACAAAGAAAUGCCAAAAGCUGCCCCAAGACGUUCAAAAGAACAAAGAGAAUUGUCUGCUGGACGCAGAACGUCACCAAAACCAAGUAAAAAGUCUGAAACUCCCGCACCUGGACGAGUCUCAAACAUAUGUCAGACAUUGCCAGAGGUUAAGCUAAAAUCGGAACUGCCAAAGCUACCUGCUGUAGAAAGAAACAGUGAUUCUUCUGUCUCAGUCCCAGUAAGUUAUUUCACUGAGCAAAAAGUAAAGGAAAUAAAGUCAACGGACCAGGUUUAUCCAGUAAAGGUACCUGAUAAGGUUUCCUCUGAUGUAGCAUCAGCACAUGGUAACAAAAGUAUAUCUACAAACAUAGAGGAAGUUGGGAGAAAACCACAUGAAGAGCAACCAUUGGAAAACAACAGAAUGUCCACAGACAAUUCCAAUGAAGAGAAGACCCGAACAGAGACACUACAGAAGCUGCAAAAUUUGGAAGUGGAAUACAUGGCUUUACAGAAAGCAUAUGCCCUACUGCAGCAGGAGCUUGAACUCAGCCAGAAUGCAGAGGAAAUGAGGGCAGAGGCAAUGAAGGCAGAGGCAAUGAAGGCAGAGGAACAGAGGGCAGAGGCACAGAAGGCAGAGACACAGAAAUCAGAGGCAAAGAAUUCAGAGACACAAAAACCAGAGGCACAGAGGGCAGAGGAAGUGAAAGAAGAGACACAGAGGGAAAAGGAUAUGAAAGCAGAGGCACAAAUGGCAGAGGCCAUGGAAGUAGAGACACAGAAGGCAGAGGCACAGACUCCUCAAUCUGAGAAGGCAAAAGCUCAAAAGGCCAAGGAGAAGCAGGCUGUAGAAAGGGAUAAAGGCCCACUAAAUAUUACAGUGCUUCCCACUGAAAAGUCUACAGGACUCUCAGAGGCUGCAGGUACAUGGUCUAAUGAAGUUGAGAUGAUUGAAGAGGAGGAGAAGAAACUAAAGGCACAACAACUGUUAGAUGGUACAUCUGGUGGCUUUUCCACUGCAACAACAAAUAUAACUGAGCAAGUAAACAAAACAUCAAAAUUACCAAGUCAAGAACAUGUUGCAGAAACAGCUGAAAAUAUACUGGAUGCUAAUCCUCCAGUAGACAGUUCAACUAAAUUAUUACCAUGUGAUCAAAACCAGUCAGUGGUGACCCUCCUUCGUGAUGUGAAAAAAGCUUUGGAUUCUGCAGUGACUACUAAGGAAGAAAGCUCCGUAGAUCCAAUGGCCUUGAAAGCUCCAGAACAGGCUGAAGACCAUUACAAAGAUGAUUUAAUGCAACCCUUGCCACAAAAUGUGAGACAUGAUAAAGAAUCUGAGCAAUUUGUAACUAAAAGUUCAACCUUCAAAGAGAAGGUACCUAAAACAGACCUGCCUCCCAGUGAACCACUUUCUAUACAUUUAGAGCAGGAACUUGUUCAGGAAAAUGCAUCAAAACAUCAAAAUAAACAGGAUCACAGUCUUGUAACAACCCUGAAAAACUCUUUGUUGAUGUUGUUUCACAUGAAAACAACAGACACUGAAGAACAUAAAGUUGAAACAAAAAGCCAAAGAAACUUGGCUGAAUCUCACCAAGAAUCAUCUGGAGACAUAUAUUCACCUGAAAGAAGUCCCCCAAGUUCCCAAAAUGUUUAUGAAUCUAGCAAGGAGAGUGACUCCCCACAGAGUCCAGAAAGCAUGCAUUCCGCUUCCACUUCAGGUAAACUGACUCCAUCAUCAGAAGAAGACAUGGUUCAUAGUGCAGAUUCAUUGCCAACAAGUCCAACAAUUCCCAGGAGAAUCUCUGAUUUUUCAAGGAAAGGAGAAAUAGCUCAAGUGGAAAGUGCUCCAUUAAGUCCAGCCAUACCAAAGAGAAGUUCAAAGGGCAUCUGUGAAGAAACCUUCUUGACUAAAGAAGACCUAAGUUUCAGUCCUUCCACAUCAAGAAAAAUUGCAGCUAAAAUUGCUUCAGCAUCAAAUUCCAUUGCUGCAUUAUCUGUGCCUUCUAUAGUUGUUGGUAGCCUAUGUUCUGAGAAAACACCUGGAGAUAUGUUGUAUGAAUCCCAAAGAGACAGCAAUCGUAAAUGGAAGUCUAGUGAGAACUUAUCUGCAAUCCCAUCGGCAACACCACAGGAGCUGGCUUCUGGUGCUCGCCGUAAGAUAUAUCUUCCUAAGUCUAAACAACUGGAUGAUGAAAAUGAUGGUAAUAAGGGAUCCUUAACACCACCCUCCAAAAGAGAGAGCCCCAACGUAUCCCCAGGAUUGUCUAGAAAAAGCAGUUCACUUUUGGUAUCUCAGUCUCCCCCAGUGGAAAGACGUUCCCCUGGUACAACCCGAAGAAUGCCAAUGCUAGAUGUUCCAAAAAUUUGUGAAGAAACUGUAGAUGAAAAAAACUCCACUGACUAUAGUUCUCAAGAAACAAAAGACUCAAGUGUUUUACCUAAGGAAGAACCACAGAUUACAGAAAUUAAAAAAGUCAAAGAUCCAUAUAAAGCUCCACAGGUCAUUCGGAAGAUACGAGCGGAACAAUUUUCGGAUGCAUCAGGGAACUUAAAACUUUGGUGCCAGUUCUUCAAUAUUUUAAGUGACUCAGAUAUUACAUGGUACAAAGAUGAAGUUCAAGUGGCAAAAGUAAAGAGAUGUUCUGGAGAUGAAGGGCAGGUGGCUCUUGCAAUUGUGCAGGCGUCAGUGAAAGACUGUGGAGUCUAUCAGUGCACCAUUGAGAAUGAAUAUGGUACUGAUUCAACAGACUGCCUUUUGAGUGCAGAGAUUUUGGCUGGAUUCAUCUCCAGGGAGGACGUUGAAGUUGGAGAAGAGAUAGAGAUGACACCUAUGGUGUUCGCAAAAGGCUUGGCUGACUCUGGCUACUGGGGAGACAAGUUUUUUGGAAGGAUAGCCAUGGAGGAACCACAUGCUGGGAAAGGAUUUUCGAGAAAGUCCUGCAGAGUAAAGGUGAUUUAUGGGUUGGAACCAAUGUUUGAAUCAGGGAAAACCUGUAUCAUCAAAAUCCGAAAUCUAAUCACCUUUGGGACCAAGAAUGAAAACACCUUAGUGGAAAAGAAUUAUGAUAUCACCAUUCAGGAAUGUAAAAUACAGAAUACUACCCGCGAAUACUGCAAGAUAUUUGCAGCUGAAUGCAGAGGAGUCCCUAACUUUGGACAGAUCCUUGAGAUUUUACCUCUGAAUUUGAUCUAUCGACCUGCCAACAACAUCCCCUACGCUACCAUAGAAGAUGAUCUACAGGGAGCAUUUGAAAAGUACUGUGUCAGGGAUAUUACAGGAAAAUUACACUUCAAGAACUCUUCAGAAAUAGAGCGAAAAUGCUGCACUUUUCAGCACUGGGUAUACCAGUGGACUAAUGGCAAUUUUCUUGUCACUACUCUGGAAGGUGUUGAAUGGAAACUAACCAACAUAGCUAUCGCCACAAAAUCCAGGGGAUAUCAAGGACUGAAGGAGAGCUGCUAUCCAGAGAUCCUUGAGGAAUUCCCAUCAAUUCACCAGUGCAAUAACUACUGUGAAAUGCUUAGCUUAAAGUCACUCAAGACAAUGGAGAGUCUCCAGCCUCCAGCCAAGCCAAAAGGCUCAAGAAGUCCUCAGAUGCAAAGAAAAUCUGGCUCAGGGUCUGCUCAGUCAAGUCCCCAGAUACAAAAGAAGACUUUAACAGUCGCACAAAAUAAUAAAAAAGGUGGGGUCAGCCCUAAAUCCCCAAGAAAAUCCAUGGAAACUGGUGAACCACAGCCAGGUGCAAAAAAUAAAGGAAAUGACAUGAAACUACAAUAACAGUUAGAACUAUCAUAUUUUUUGACUCUCUAUACCUGGACAUGACUUCAACUGGACUAUUUAAAUCAAUGAACUACGAAGACAUAAAGGACAUCAUUUAAGGUGACAGAUUAUUUUUCUGUAUUUCACAUCAUAAGCAGAAAGGCUGUUGACAGUCUGACCUGCAGGGGAUUUGUUAUAGGCAGAGGAUGAGCAUAGGAGGUGCAUGGGCAAAAUGUAUUAUGUACGGAUGAUGAUUCAAUUUAUUAUGUUGCAGAUACAAAGAAAGCUGCAUUUCAGGACUAUUGAAUCAAUUUCAAAGACAAAUGUUGGGAUACAUGGAAAAAGGCAAAGUCCAAUUCCAAUGAGGUAUCUUAAUAUGUGAAACAAUAACUGCACCUCCGUUACACAAUUUGUUCUACAGGAUACACAGCAGAAAAAAAGCACAACAAUCUACAAUAUCUUCUUUUCACUUCCAAUGCACUAUUUCAUCAGCUUUGGUUUGUAUAAGAACAUUUACAGGACAUGUUUUUCUUAAAUAGUGAUAUUUUGUGAUGUUUGCUGGUCAUAAGCAGCAAAAUGUUG